AAAAUGGCGUCAGCUUAGAGAAGAAGUAAAUUUGUAAUCAUUCGAAACGGCACCGCCGAGGUGGUCCAUCUUGCAGCGGACAAUCGUGUAUUUUGUGGCGAUAUCAACGGAAAUGUGAUUGGAAAGUGAUUUUAAUCGUAAAGACGACUAUAGAGAAUCCGUACAAGUUUUAUUGUUGCAGAUAGAGCAGAAUAGGCAUCUUAAAGAUGUCAUCAAUGAAACCUUUGGACCCGCCUGCUAGCAAACCAGAUUCGAAACCAAUAGGCAAUCGUAAUCAUGGCAAUAACAAAUCACAGAAUAACAGGAAGAGGUUUAAGGAUAGAGGUUCCAGAAAAAGAUCAAAAAGUUUUUCAGGAUGUGGUUUGAUCAACCCUAAACCGGUGUUGCCAACUAAAUUUUUAUUAGGAGGCAACAUAAACGACCCGCUAAACCUUAAUAGUUUACAGGAUGAAGAUAUUAAUAGGGCAAUGAACGCUGUUACACCCAAAUCAUCUCCAUUGCCCACACCUCCGAGGCGAAAAAUGCGUAUUGAGGUAAUUGUAUCUCCGAAUACUCAUGAUCCAUUACACUUGCUGGACUGUCAAGAUGAUAUUGAAUAUGAGGAGCAACUUUGCUCACCAAUCAAAAAAGGUCGAAAGAAGCGCAUUAAAAAGCGCCGAACGAUGUCUUCGUCGGUAGAGGGAGCCAUUCCCGACCCUACUGGCAAAUCAGAAGCUAGAACACCAGAGGCUUCAAGUGAUUCCGCAAAAAUACCAGAGGAUCCGGAACUUCAGGAUAUUAUUGAAAAACCGGUAGAAGUUAAACCAGCGCAAAUUUCAAAGGCCUCCAGGAACUUGUCUUUUGAUUGUGGAAAAGAGAAGAAGGAUAGACCAAAGAGGAGGUCUGAAGAUGGAAAUAUCAGCAAUGCAUCGAAAAGGUUUAAAAAUUCGAUGGAUAAAAUUGUUAGUCCGGUCGUUCCACAGCCAGGUGCAUGGCUUAAGAGGUCUACUUCCGUAAAGUUGCCUAAGCCUAGGCAAAAUAAGGUACCGGACGAGAAGGAACCUGUUUUUAAAGAGGCCAAUAAGAGGUUCCAGUAUGGAAACUACAACAGGUAUUACGGUUAUAGAAACCCAAACAAUGACACCGACCAUAGGUUACGGGUAUUCUCUCACCACCCUUACUUAUUCGAAAACAAAGAUAUCUUAGACAUCGGUUGUAACAUUGGACACAUUACUCUUAGUGUCGCCAGGGACUUUAGGGCUCGAACCGUUACUGGUAUAGAUAUAGACCCAAAGCUAAUCUCAAUCGCUCGGAAAAACGUAAAACACUACGUUAAAACCGAGGAAAAUACAACAGCGGGGUCCGAGACCACCCCCGAUACAAAAACGGUCCCUGAAAAAAGUAGUAGUGAGUUUUUCCCUAUAUCUAUGCCUAUAUUAUACGGACCUAUUGACAUUCCAGGGUUCCAUGAUUCAAGGGAGCAAGGCAGGGGCUUCCCGAAAAAUGUCACUUUUAAACAGUGUAACUAUGUAUUGGAGGAUGAGUCUCUAUUAGCGCUCGAACAGCCCCAGUUUGACAUAAUAUUAUGUCUGAGCAUUACAAAGUGGAUUCACCUAAAUUGGGGAGAUAACGGUCUUAAAUUAGCCUUUAGGCGGAUGUACGAACAGUUAAGGCCCGGUGGGAAAUUGAUUUUGGAACCCCAACAUUGGGCCGGAUAUAAGAGCAAGAAAAAGUUGACGGAAACAAUCUACAAGAAUUACAACUCGAUCGAGUUCUUCCCGGACAAAUUCAGGGACUUUUUGUUAUCUCCUACGGUGGGAUUUGCUAAGAGUGAAAUUUUAGGAUAUCCGCAACAUCGAAAUUCUGGAUUUCGGAGGCCGAUUCAAGUUUUUACGAAAAGUACAAUGUUCCCCAGCGAAAGGUAUGAAGGGGCGACGCCAAGUAAUCCGGUGUAUAAUGAUUCAGUUUACACCAAAAUUAUGGAGACCGGCAAAUACGAGUCUCAAACCAGCCUGGGCCCCCAUAGAGAGUACGUUUAUACAAACAUCUGCCGACCGUCAACCUCGUACAUUCCCGAAGAUAAUCAGGACAGUCAAAACGACAUUUGUCCCACCACUUCCCCUAACAUUUGCACCCCCUCUCCCACCGUUUUCACACCAAACUCGUUCACCGUAUCACCGAACGUUUGCACCAGGUCCCCGAUGGUUUAUUCCUCUUCCCCAAACGUUUCGACCAAAUCCCCGAUCGUUUACGCACCAUCACCGAACGUUUCCAUCACAUCUUCCCCGAUGGUUUACGCGCCGGUUCCCAAUGUUUGUACAACGUCACCGUUGGAACGUUUGUCUUUCUCACCAGAGGGCAGUCCUUACGUAGUCUCGGAGGAAUCAUGUGACCAUACGAAGACGCCAUCUAGGGAUAGUGUCAUCACAAGUUGUAUUAGCGCGAACGGUAUCGUUACUGAAGAGGUUUCCGAGGUGAAUAGUGAGCGAAAAACGGACGGAGAUAAGACUUAAUAUGUGGACAUCUUUUAAAGCUUGUCAAUUGUGUAUAGCAUCUUUAUGAUUAAUGUGUAUAGUAUUUGUUUUGAAUAUAGGCAGAAAACUCUAAUGUAUUUAUUAUAAGUUUUUUUGUACAAAUGGUUUGGUAGAUAUAUAGUGUUGACAAGUAAUAAAAUGAUGUGUCAGUUUAA